UGCGACGCGACGCAGCGUAUUACUGGAAAAAAACAAUCGUUGAUCGUUAUUCGUUGCCGUCUUGUGAAUGCGCGUAUGUUGAUGAGUGAUGACCGUAACUCGAUGUCAGUUUGUCAAAUUGUCUUUCGGUCGUGUAUAACUAGACACUAGUGUUUAACAUUGUUUAACUGUAUAUUCGCUUUGCACAUACACCGAACGUCCAUUUGACAAGAAUCAUAAUGUGGGCCAUAGUACAUUUUACUGCAGACAAUACUGUAGAUUAUGUACCUUCAGGUUGGAUACGAAAAAAUGGGAUAACAGUGUUAUGUGCAUGGCCAAACAAUGAUAUGAAUUUGAAAAAAUUCAGAUCAAACCGAUUAAACCCCAACAAAUCCGACUUCACCUAUUACAAGUGUAGAGUAAUUUCUAAAGAUAUUGCAUUAUUGUCUGAAGCUCGCAUUAAAGCUGAAAAAGCCAAGUUCACAUCAGAUGUAUCAGACGUAGACAAUUACAAAACAAAACAAAAAAACAUAAAUCCAUUAAACAAAUCUGUAGAAGCUAUUUUGCAAAAAAGAAGUUCUUUAUUACCAGAUCAUUCUUUGGAAUAUGUUGAUGAAAAUUGUAUAAUGGUGAAGAAUGAUGAUGGUUUUAACUUAUGUGAAAGUGACGAAAGUUCUGAAAAUUUAUCUACGAUUGAUGACAGUGAUGCCGAUAAAGAUUAUAAACCUAUUAACAAAGGUGAAAAUAAAGAUAAUACUAACAUCUGGCUUACUGAAGAUAUGAGUGAAGUAAAUGAUGAGAGUAUGGUUGCAGAAGAUACACAGAACAAUAAAUCAGGUUUAAGUAAUUCAACUGUAACACAUAAUUACUGUGAUACUCCUACUCUACCACAAUUGCAGCCUCUACAGUCACAAAAAAUAGAACCAGUUCAUUCUCAGUCAUUUAUUGAUUUCCAGAAAGCAACGUUAAGCUACUUAGCUUUUUUAAAAAUAGAAAUUUCCAAAAUUGCAGACAAUCAGCAACAAAUAUUAGAGCAUAUUAAGCUAUCAAACAAUGUUAAUAUAUUUCAAGGUUCUGCAGGUGAUCAGAGAUUGGAACACGAAAUAGACUACUUCAUUCAUAAUUGGCCUAUUUCUACAAAAGAAGGAUUAACCAAUAUGGAAGAAAAAAUGAAAUUGGAUGUUAAUUUUAAAAAACAAGUUGUGUGGGAACUUGCAAGAGUAGGUGGCAAAUCAUUGAAAAGCAUGAUUUAUAAAAUGAUGAAAAAAGUUUUUGAAGACCAAGUCUUGAUUUCAUACACCUACUAUGGUCUACGAAAUAAAGAAAAUUUUUCAUUGUUGGCUAUCAAUAAGGCAAUUUUUGAAGCAGUUAACAAGUCCAGUAUUAAACAUUCAUCUGAUGAUGAAAUCAUCACCUCAAUCGGAAAAUGGUUAACGUGUGCCAAAGGAAGACUGGAAAAAAAAAAUUAAAUAAUAAUAAAUACGUCAUUAAUCAUUAUAUUAU